AUGGCUUCCUCCCCGGUGGACGCGUCCCGCAGGCGGCAGGAGAAGCGGCGGCAGCUGGACGCGCGCCGCAGCAAGUGCCGCAUUCGCCUGGGCGGCCACAUGGAGCAGUGGUGCCUCCUCAAGGAGCGGCUGGGCUUCUCCCUGCACUCGCAACUCGCUAAGUUCCUGUUGGACCGGUACACUUCUUCAGGCUGUGUGCUCUGUGCAGGUCCUGAGCCUUUGCCUCCCAAGGGUCUGCAGUAUCUGGUGCUCUUGUCCCAUGCCCACAGCCGAGAGUGCAGCCUGGUGCCAGGCCUUCGGGGGCCCGGGGGCCAAGAUGGGGGGCUUGUGUGGGAGUGCUCUGCAGGCCACACCUUCUCCUGGGGCCCCUCUUCAGGCUCCGUAUCUCCAGAGGAGCCCAAGCCAGCUUCCUGUCCAAAUACUGCCCGGAGAAGCUGGUGUCUGGAGGCCAGGAGCGGCCAGGAGCCUGCAGGUUUGGCAGCUGAGCAUGAUGAGAGGACUCCAGAGGCCAAGCUGCCCAGCAGGGAAGUGGGACCCCUACUGGAGACCUUCCCAACCCCAGGAGAAGACGGGGAGGAGGAAGAUGAGGAUGAAGAGGAGAUGCUCAGUGAUGCCAGCCCAUGGACCUACAGCUCCUCCCCAGACGACAGUGAUCCAGAUGCCCCCAGAGUACUUCCUUCCCCUGUCACCCAUGCACUUAAGGAUGGGGAGACACCCCCGGCCCCAGCAGCUCCCCUCAAUCCACUUGCUGUACCAUCUUCAUCAACAUCCUCAUCGGGUUCUGGAGCUCUUCUGCCUAUGGAAGUUGGGGUACAGCCAGAACUCAGAGGGAUCCCUCAAGCAGCCCAGCAGACUGAGCCCCUGGCCAGCCCUGGGAGUCAGGCCCAGUCUGCUCUGACCUUGGCCUGGGAGGAGGACACAACACAGAUCGGCCCCAAGAGAAUUAGGAAAGCUGCCAAAAGAGAGCUGCUGCCUUGUGACUUUCCUGGCUGUGGAAGGAUCUUCUCCAACCGGCAGUAUUUGAAUCACCACAAGAAGUACCAGCACAUCCACCAAAAGUCCUUUUCCUGCCCAGAGCCAGCCUGUGGGAAGUCCUUCAACUUUAAGAAACACUUGAAGGAGCAUGUUAAACUGCACAGUGACACCCGGGACUACAUCUGUGAGUUCUGCGCCCGGUCUUUCCGCACCAGCAGCAACCUCGUCAUCCACCGGCGCAUCCACACUGGAGAGAAACCCCUGCAGUGUGAGAUCUGCGGGUUCACCUGCCGCCAGAAGGCUUCCCUGAACUGGCACCGGCGCAAGCACGCGGAGACAGCUGCUACUCUGCGCUUCCCCUGUGAGUUUUGCGGCAAGCGUUUCGAGAAGCCAGACAGCGUUGCAGCUCACUGCAGCAAAAGCCAUCCAGCCCUGCUCCCAGCCCCACAAGAGUCACCCGGCCCAUCGGAGCCCUGUCCCAGCAUCUCAGCCUCUCUGAUCCUGGGGUCUGGUGAUGAGUCCAGGCCCUCUGUGGUUCCUCAGGCUCUGACCAUGCUCCCUCAGCAGUGAGCAUUCCUGAGCUCUGAGGAACCAGACCUUGGAGACUGAAGAGGAGCAAGGAAGAGAAGUGCCAGGUGCCUGGUCCCCAGAAACCCGGGUAUCAGGGAGUUUAGGGUGGAGGCAGAAAAAUAAGCCAGGCUUUUAGUCUUCCUAAAGGACAGAAUAAACCCAGUAUUUCACAUGGACGUACGUGGGCAGAGUGACUAUUUUGGCACCUGAAGUGCAGGAAUCCUGAUUUCUCUAGAAGCAGGCGCUACCAGAAUAUGCCUGAGUUUACCAUGGGUGUGGGCUGUAUUAUUCUCUCUGCAGGCCCCUACCUCAAGGACCCAGCUUUCUUUCUCAGUUUGCUUUGGCACUUUGCAGUCCUUUUCUGUGGAGUGUCAUACCUGUUCUUGCACUCAAGAAGGGUAGGCUGCGACAUAUGGAGAGCACUGGGUCAUUCCAGUGACCCAGAGCACUGGGUCAUUCCAGUGGAUUAGCUGGAGCAGGAAUGGAGGUAUGUGAGCCUGAGCCACAUUCGUACUCUGCAUUGACCAAGAGAACCAAACAUACAUGCUUGAAGAGUCUUGCCUUCCAGUGCAAAAUCAAGCGGGCGUUGCAUGCAAGAUCCCUGAGCUACCUUGGGAGGGGACAUCUUAGAACUUCAGAAAGGCUUGGCUCUUGGAUCACUCCUGAAUUCUGCAAAGAUGGUAGCCUCUGGUAUGACAAAGGAGGCUCUUGGCUUCUGGAACCCCCCGCAAAACACCAAGCUUUAUUUCACCAGUCGUAAGCAAAACAACCACCGGCCAAUUCCAGAUUUUCUGCCCUGCACUAUUGACUCUGUGGAGCUCCAUUUGCCCAUGGCUCCAGGCUUGAUUUGGAAAUAGUAUUCUGAUGCUCCCCUUGGCAGUACUCUGCUUUAUAGACCCCACAGGGUCUUGGUCUAGGUCUGAAAGUUAAUGUCCCCCCACCUAGCUGGAGAAUAUUGCCCUGAGAGGCACUUUGAUGUGGAUACCAUCAGGUGUGCUCCAUGGGACUGGUGGCUGCUCUGCUGAGGGCUCCUGCCCAGCUUCACUGUGGUGGGCCUUCUCUGCCAGGAAGUAGGCUGGUGGCUUCUGGCAUAAUGUCUUUCACUGAAA